AUGCGUCUCACCCAUAGCAAGCUUCCAUCACCUAUAAGUGAAGCUUAUUUGAGUCGUGUUAUAAAUGCCCUGGCCAAACCAAUUGACGGUCGAGGAGAAAUUUCAACUUCGGAAUCUCGAUUAAUAGAAUCUCCAACUACAUUACAAUACCUCGCGCCUUAUACAGGAGCAGCUCUGGCUGAAUAUUUUAUGUACCGUGAAUGUCACACUUUAAUCAUUUAUGACGAUCUCUCCAAACAAGCACAUGCUUAUAGGCAAAUGUCUCUUCUAUUACGAAGACCACCAGGUCGCGAAGCUUAUCCAAGGGAUGUUUUUUAUUUACAUUCGUGUCUUUUGGAAAGAGCCGCGAAAUUAAGUUCUCAGUUAGGCGAAAGAAGUAGGACUGCUUUACCAAUAGUUGAAACUCAAUCGGGAGAUGUUUCAUCUUAUAUUCCUACGAAUGUAAUUUCCAGUACAGAUGGCCAAAUAUUCUUAUCGGCCGAUCUAUUCAAUGAUGGAAUAAGACCCGCUAUUAAUGUCGGUAUUUCAGUUUCCAAAGUUGGAUCGGCGGCUCAAAUAAUAGCCAUGAAACAAGUAGCUGGUAAAUUAAAAUUGGAAUUAGCACAAUUCGCAGAAUUAGAAGCUUUUGCACAAUUCGCUUUUGAUCUAGAUAAAGCUACUCAAAAUCAAUUAGCAAGAGGUCAACGAUUACGCGAGUUGCUUAAACAAUCCCAAUCAGCUCCUCUUACUGUGGAAGAACAGAUAGUAACUAUUUAUACCAGAAUGAAUGGUUAUCUUGAUUCAUUAGAAAUUGGACAGGUUUCAAAUAUCUUGCUUUUUAGAUGUUCCCUCUAG